AUGGGCAGGAUCUGGUGCCUGCAGCAGUGCUCACAGGGAGAUUUAGAGGGCAACCCUCAGCUUUCUUCUGCAGCAGUUAAUGUUUCUCUACACUUCCUGACCCCCGAGACAAACCUUUCUUCGCUGACCAAGACCCUUUCCAAGUUCUUUCCAGUUUUCAAACCACAAGAUCCCCUCUGGUACCUCAGCCACCACUACUCAACCACUUGCAGUACCACCUCCACAGCUCUAACAUUUAAACUCUGGAUCGCCUGCAGAUUUACUUCCUCCAGUCCUUCUCCCGGUUCGGCUCGGCUCGGUUCGUGGGUGCUCGACGCGCUGGCCGCGGCCGAGCUCUCGCCGUUGGUCUGCAACGUGCUGCGCCUGGGAAGCACCUUCCUCCCCGUGCAGGUGGAGGACAUGGAGCGCGGCAGCGCGCACGACGCGGCGCGGCCCCUUCGGCAGGUCAUCUACGCGCUGCUGCCGGGCACGGCACGCGCUGCUGCGCCGAGGAGGCAGCAGGCCAACAAGCUGCCAGGUGUGUGCGAGUUUGGCAGAAUCCAAAAGACCAUUGAAAAAAGAUUUGUUCAAGCAGCAAGCCUGCCCGCAGAUUUUUGUGUUGAGCCAUUUCCUUUGGAGAGAUUAAGAGAGCAAAACCAUAUUUUUAUGGGAAAUCUGAAGCACAGGCUAGUUGAAGUUCAUUCACAUUUUGGAAAUAGCAUGAACUUGCUUGCAGCAAAUGAAGUCUGUUCCCUUUCUUUUUGUACUCUUGACUUUUUCUUUCAUUUACAGGUGCCCAUAUCGUGUCGUCUAAUGCUUUUGCUGGAGACUCUAGGAGUGAAAAAAAGUAUCCUGGAGUCUGUCCCCAGUCACUUACAGCUCCCUUUUGCUGUAACCUGUUACUGGAUACAUAGUUCAGAACCAAAAGUGAAACUGCAUCAGUUAAAGGCUUUGCUUCUAAUGAUAGUAUCUGGGGAAUUACACAGCACAACACAGGACACAGCUCCCACAGAUUUAAGUUUUGAAGGUGACAGCAUUGUGUAUAAGCUAUUUCCAAAGGAGAAGGAACAGCAACUGGAAAAUAUGGCCUUUGAUUUAGAUGCUGCACACUCUUUUUGCCAGUGGCAGUGCUGUCUCCAGAUGGGAUUUCAUCUCAACCAGCUACUCGGCUCUCCUCUUGCUGAGCCAGACAUAAGCAGGAUUUAUAAUGGAACACUUGUGCAGAGACUGUGUCAAGAGUUUAAAUCAUCACCUUCAGCAGAAAAUUUUAUUUCAACUCCAAAAAUGACUCAGUUUUAUCAGGAUUUACUAGACACAGUGCAGUCAACUGUACCACCAGACUUCUUUCAGGAAAAGCCCCAGACCAAAGCCAAGCGCCGCAGAAAGAAGAAAGUGUGUAACAAGACAAAGGCCUUGAGAGCUGCUCCACCAGAAACUCAGCCUUUCUGUGACCUUAACAGUUUUGCAUUGCUCGGAGGGGAGAACUGA